ACCCUACUUUACAGUGCGGAUGGAGGCUUCGGGUGAUUGGCUCCUGAAAAAAAUUAUUUUGUGAAGUAAAAGCAUACAUAAGCUACCAGAAAGUGAAUUUUAUCCGAAAUAUUGAUACUGGGGCUUUUUCGAUUAGUCUAUGAUCUUUCCAAACAAAAAUAGUAGCAUCGAAACCAACACGCGAAAGUCCUCAGCUGCACGUGGGUGGCUCGAAACUUAGGACAUUUUUAUCAUCAUUGACGCUUCUAUAAACUACGCACGGAAUGUAAUAAUUCGUAUUCACAUCUCGCACUUAAGAUGCCAUGAGACUGAAAAUGCGCGAGACAAGGAUGGCUAAAUGCCCGGCAGAUUUGCUUUUCGAGUACUGCUUGUUCGGGUUGAGCUUGACAAUUAGUUGGCGUGGAAACUCUAAGUAAACGGCGUUUCUUUCACAAGAGGCAAAGAUUUUCGAUCUUCACUGAAGAAAUCCCAAAUGGAAAACAGUUCAUCUAACGAAACAACAUCAGGAUCUGCGACUUCUGGUUUCGCAUCAAGAGCAGGCGUGUGGUACUGGGUGCUAAGAGGUCUGAUUGGUUUAACAAUUUUGGCGGGAAAUGGUCCUGUCAUUUACGUCAUAGUCACUUGUCACAGGCUCCACAAAGCAGCCAACUGGUUUAUUCUCUCACUAUCGUGGGCGGACCUAUUUGUCGGGCUUUUUUUGAUUCCCGUGUCUACAUCUUGUGCUCUUUGGACGACUUGUAACUUCUCAGUCCUGAUACUGAGUUUCGACCUUGUGCUGUUCGUUUCCAUCGCCAACAUGUGCGCAAUGACCGCUGACCGCUACCUCUCCGUGGUGAAGCCGCUGACCUACUUUCAAAACAUGACAAACUCGCGCGUUUUUCUAUGGAUUUCUGUGGCGUGGAUCGUACCCAUUCUCUUCUCGCUCAUCCCAUUCGCGUGGAUAUUUACUAAUUCCCCCGCGCAAAGAGAGAGUGCAUUCGAGAUAUACGGAACUUUGCAAAUUAUCACCUUCAAUCUGCUGCCUUGUGUCGUGAUGUUACUGAUAUACGGACACAUUUUCAUCAUUUCUCAAAAACAUUCCAGGCAGAUCCGCGCCCUGACUAAACACCAGCACCUAUCCCAACCACAACUGGCAGUUAGUCCUCGUCAAGUAACUCAAGAACGAUCAGCAACAAGGGUUUUUGGGCUGGUCGUGUUAUUUUUCGUGUUAUGCUGGAUGCUGUCGGCUUAUCGUCAUUUGUGUCAGUAUUUUUCUCUUGAGUGUAGCGUUUCUUUUGAAUUAACUCUCAUUUCUCGUCUUCUGAUGUUGACCAACUCCGCCAUUAACCCAUUCAUUUACGCCUUCCUAAAGGAAGAUAUAAAGAGAGAAGUAAAGAAAUUACUUUGCAGGCAUAAACCCAGAACAGUGAGUUUUAACACGCACAUCCCAUCUGUCCAUAGUUACAGACAAAGGGGUGAACGCUCCAACGAUUUGUCAAUAGUUAUAAAUGCAUACUGAACUGUUACAAACAUACGAAAAACAGUGUAAAAAAGAGCAUUUUUAUCUAGUAUUAUAUUAAAUAUUUGUUGGAUAAGGUAGGUUAAGUCUGUGUCUGGCUAAGUGGUCCAUACCGCUUGAGCUUAUCCAGUGUUCGGUAGCAUGAAGCGAGUAGGUGUAUUUCUGCUCUUUCCCCCCGAAUAGAAUCCUAGUCCUGCACGGAGGGUUAACCUCCCCCCCUCCAACCCCCCCUUCCCGUACAUAUAUAUACAUAUGGAUACGGAGAGGCACUGUGAGAGUAAAGUUUCUUACCUAAGAACACAACGCAGUGACUCGAGCCAAUCGAACACGGACAUGAACCCGGCUCACAAUUUCAGUGUUUUAAAACUACUGCGAGAAAGAGAAUCGAAAGGAAAAUCACUUUUAUAUUAUUACGUCAACAGCUCGUGCUAGUUCUGCGUUUCUAUCGAGUUUUAGUAUAAAUCUACUAGCGUUCUAUCACGAAUAUCACGAAUUAAACAGGGAGAACGUUCCCAUUUAAAUAACUACAGCCCUAUUUCUGUAAUUCCUGUUGUGGCUAGGGUCUUUGAGAGAAUCGUAUACAAUCGAUUUUACGAAUAUUCAACUGAAAAUAAUCUAAUUUCCUGUAAUCAGUCAGGGUUUCGUUCACUUCACUCCACUGUUACUGCCUUACUCGAAGCCACUGAUAAUUGGGCUUUAAAUAUCGAUAAAGGCAAUGUUAACGCAAGUAAUUUUUCUAGAUCUGAAGAGAGCUUUUGACACCGUCGAUCACUCUAUAUUGCUAUCUAAAUUAAAAGCCUAUGGUGUCGGAAGAAACUCGUCUAACUGGUUUAAAUCCUACUUGGAUAAUCGUACACAGAAAUGUUUUGUAAAUGGCUCUCUCUCGAAUAGCCAACCUUUAACUUGCGGUAUUCCUCAAGGUUCAAUCCUUGGAUCUCUCCUCUUUAUACUCUAUAUAAAUGAUCUACCGAACUGUCUUGUUAACUCACAUCCCAGAUUGUAUGCGGAUGAUACUCAUUUGACCUUUUCCAGUAACGAUGUUGCGCAUCUAGAGGAAAAUAUGAACGAUGAUCUAACUAAAAUUACUGAAUAGUUAACGACAAAUAAACUCACUCUUAAUAAGUCAAAGACUGAGUUUAUGUUGAUUGGUUCAAGGCAAAGGUUAAAUACUUUUAAUAGACUCCCGUCUUUUACUAUCGACUGUAAUUCUAUUAAACAAGUAGAAUUUACGAAAUCUCUUGUAGUAUAUAUAGAUGAAAACUUAACUUGGAACGUACAUAUCGAACAUAUUUCCAAAAAAAUUGCCUGCUGCAUUGGCAUCUUGAAGAGAAGCAGGUUUUUUGUUCCUUUUGAAACGCUCCUAUGCAUCUAUAAUGCUUUAGUUCAACCUCAUUUCGAUUACUGUAGCGUCGUAUGGGGUAACUGCAAUAAAUCUCUUUCAAUUAAACUACAAACACUACAGAAUCGCGCUGCGCGCAUUUUGUCCUCUUCUUCGUAUGAUGCCAAUGUGGAUGAUCUCUUUGUUAGACUUGGCUGGCAAAAACUUAAUCUUGAACGAGAAUUAAAAACAGCCACUAUGGUCUAUAAAUCUCUGGUCUCGCCCCUGAUUAUCUGAAAUCAAUGUUUACUGAUCGGAGUCCAAUAUCUACCUUUUCUCUGAGGAAUUGUGAGGGCAAACUAGCUGUUCCACUCCCCCGCGCCAAUAUUCAGUUUCAGCUAGUAGUGCGGUGCUGUGGAACAGCUUACCUACCAAUCUGCGGCAAGCACAAACUCUUGCUAGUUUUAAAUCCGGCUGCAGGGGUUUCCUUUUUCAUAAUAAAUAAGUUAAUUAAUCACACAACAUUCAUGGAAAGCAGGCACUUCGUUAUUGUUUUUAUUUUUGUUGUUAUUAGAUUUAAUUAGUAGUAGAUUAGUAUCUUAACAAUGCAAUCAAUGCAAUUUUAGUAUUUACUUUAAGUCCUGAUGUUUUACCCGUGUAUAAAUAAAG